AUGGGGGCAUGUUCCAAUAAGAGUUAAAACUUGAAUUAGAAGGAAGAGCAAAUCACUCAAUUAUUAGAUAUUAAUAAUCCUGGGAAUGUAAAUCACAGAUAUGCUUAUAAUUUUACACUCAUUCCAAACAAGUCGGUUGGAACAGGAAUCAAAUAAACUAAUCAAUAUUCAACUAGUUUAUCCAGAAUUGAGUGGGAUAUGAUGUAAAAUUAGUUUUGGGAUAGUCAUAAGGAUAGUUCUGAAUGGCAACUAAUAAGGAAGGCCCUCUCUUAAAAAGAUGAAUCUGCAGCUCUUCAAAUUCUUAGUUAGGCCAACUUCAAGUUGAUUAGGAAUUCCAUUUAGUUGUUGGUUCGAAAUAAGCAAACAUUUCAAGUCCCGAUAUUCGUAAUUAAUGAGCCUACUUUUUACAGCAAUUAAAACUUUGAAUUGAAUUUCGAAACGUCCAUCUUAAAAGUAAUUAAGAAAGCUAUUUAGGUGAGAGUGCGCAGUAGUAAACUGCCUUAGGAUUACGAGAUUUCCACUCAGAAUACAAGUACAAUACAGGAGAUCAAGCAAAUCCUAUUGGAGGUUACAAAAGAGAAAGCAUGCAGAUUAUUUUUAAAUGGAAGAGAGUUGAUAGAUUAGAAUUAGUUAGGAAAUUAUUCAAUAAGUUCAGGAACUGUAAUCUAAGCUUUUUUGUGA